AUUGCCCUUCGGAAGAACUUUGAAGUAGAUAUGUUACCAUCUUAUGCAUACUCCUGAAGCUCAGUACCAAGAUUCACUUGAGAAUAUCUCUUCCAGACGAUGGGACUCAACAUGCCUUAUCACAAGACUGCCUGCACUGCCUUUGCUUUGACUUCAUGCUUAGUCUUUGCACGGCUCGUCGAUCAUUUGAUGCAGCCACGAGAUCUCACUUGGUGGUUAUCCCUAGGCAUCUUGGGUAUCAUUCAGAUUCUAUGUUGCAUGCUUCUCUACCGACUCGCUUUUCACCCCUUAGCAAAGUACCCAGGCACUCUUUUCGCAGCCUGCACAGACCUGUGGUCGGUGUACUGGAUCAUCAAGGGUAGUCGGCACCUAGAGCUUCAUCGCCAGCACCAGAAAACAUUUGUGCGUCAUGGGCCCAACCGAAUCUCCGUCAACUCCGCCACGGCAUCCCGCGCCCUCCACCAUGUGAACGCUAAUGCUUCACUCUCUGACACCUACGGCUCUUUCAAGUUUUUCUUUGGGACUGAGAUGUCCAUGACGACGCUUGACGAUCCUCUCCAUAUGUCCCGACGCAAGAUCAAUGCGACUGCCCUCACACCUACCGCAGUAAAAAACCUCUCGCGCAGGAUUACGCCUCACGUUGACACUUUGAUCGAUAUAUUGAAAAGUGGCCUCAAAUUUCCAAAUGUUGCAAAGGGCGAAUGCAACGAGUGGGGCCCUUCUCACGAUAUGGAAGUUCUACUAAAGUACUGCAUCGCUGACAUCAUGGCGGAUACGACUUUCAGUCACCAUUGGAACGCACAAGGCGACCCUACGUACCGUCACUUUAUUCACGGGUUUCCGCAAGGGGUUGCCGGGAUCCACCUAACCGGGCAUAUACCAUGGAUAUUCCGCUUUAAUCUCCAUAAAGUGUUCUUCAGGGAAUUGCUUGAAGGGGUAACUAAGCUUAAGGCGGCGAGUGAUCUAUUCGCUGAUAACAGGGCCUCACGUGACCCAGAUGAUGGCAAGGGAGCAGACAUCUGGUCAACUUUGCAAAAGGCUCAAGACCCAAUUACAGGCCGCGGAUACCUUCAUGAGGAGCUCAGGUCGGAAUCUGGUUUAUUAAUCAUCGCUGGCACGGAUGGCCUCAUAACUGCGACGACCUCGACCCUAUUCUAUCUACUUCAUAACCCAUCAUCAUUAGCUAGACUUACUCGAGAAGUACGAGACACCUUCCCCCUUCACACAGCAAAGGGGCUAGCGAUCACGUUUGCAGGCCCGGAACUACGAGGUAUGUCCUAUCUAUAUGCCUGCAUUGACGAGGCCAUGCGCUUGAGCCCCCCCGUGCCUAGUAUCCUCCCGCGCUGUGCCCACCGCGGUGGGAUUGUUGUCGAGGGGGAGUUCUUCCCGGAGGGCACCAACAUUGGAAUUCCUCAUUACAGUCUCCACAGAAACGAGACCUAUUUCCCUCGCCCCCUCUCGUACGAGCCAGAGCGAUGGAUGCCGAAACAGUCAACGAAGGCCUCGGAGCAGGAGAAGACUGAAGACGAUGACACCGCAGCCAAGGAUGCUGGAAACCAACUAAGAGCCGGUGCUGGUCUGACAAUCUCUUACACACCUUUUGGCGCUGGGCGGUAUAACUGCGUUGGGAAGUACUUGGCAUAUCAGGAAAUGGCCUAUAUUCUAGCACGCCUGGUAUGGCUGUUCGACAUGCGCGUCGAACCCGGUAACACACUUGGAGAGGGUACGGGAACAGGAGAGUGGGGCCGCUUCAAAAAGGAGGAGUAUCAGUUGUACGAUGGUUUUGUGAGUGAACAGGAAGGCCCCGUUGUGCAGUUUAGAUACAGGAAAGACCUUACUGCUGCUACUUGAUAGACUCCAAGAUAUCGCUCGGAACUUGAAGGUUAAAGCCAGGCAUGGCGUGGGCGAGGCGGCGGAAGGAAUGUAUAUAGUGAUUAGGGGGUUGGCGUUCGGACCACUAGCUAACCCCUACAUGAGAAUAGGGGUCGCCUCUCCUUAUCGGUUGGUAGGAAUAUUGCGUUUAAAUGCAAAACCGG